AAAAUAAUAAUAGAAUUUCAUUUUAGCUUUGUUUACAAACGCAUAAGCAGAACACAUAAACCCCUACUGCCGAGAGAGAAGAACCCUAAUUGAAACGAUGGCUCCAAGGACGGUGAGGGUGAGCAGGAACCCAGAUUUGGUUCGAGGAAUCGGCAAGUUUUCGAGAUCUCAGAUGUACCACAAAAGGGGUUUGUGGGCUAUUAAGGCCAAAAAUGGCGGCGUUUUCCCUAAGCACGACCCCAAACCCAAACCCUCUGCUCCCACCGAGAAGCCGCCCAAGUUCUACCCAGCUGAUGAUGCUAAGAAACCUCUGCUUAACAAGCGCAAGCCUAAGCCCACCAAGCUCAGGUCUAGCAUUACUCCGGGUACUGUUUUGAUCAUUCUUGCUGGAAGGUUCAAGGGCAAAAGGGUUGUAUUUUUGAAGCAGCUUUCCUCUGGGUUGCUUUUGGUCACUGGACCAUUUAAGAUCAAUGGUGUCCCUUUGAGGAGAGUGAACCAAUCUUAUGUGAUUGCAACUUCCUCCAAGGUUGACAUAUCUGGAGUUAAUGUUGAUAAGUUUGAUGACAAAUAUUUUGCCAAGCAAUUUGAGAAGAAGAACAAGAAGGGAGAAGGCGAGUUCUUUGAGGCAGAGAAAGAGGAGAAAAAUGUGCUUCCAGAAGAAAAGAAAGAUGAUCAGAAGACUGUGGAUGCAGCAUUAAUUAAAUCAAUUGAGGGGGUUCCAGACUUGAAGGCUUAUCUAGCUGCUAGGUUUUCUCUCAAGGCAGGAAUGAAGCCUCAUGAGCUUGUCUUCUAGAGGAAAAAGUAUUAGGCUUGCUCCCAUGGUGGAUUUUGUUUUUGAACCUUUCGUGAAACUUUAUAUUUUUCCAAUUUUGGCAAUAGAUGGCUAUGUGAACUUAUAGAAUGAUAUCCUGUGCAAUUUUCUUUUUCCAAGUUCUGUUUUUGUUGUUUGAUGGAAUAUUAACUGUUAUAUAUGAUAUGUGAUCUUUUUCUUUCCAAAGUAUUCUUUUUCCUCGACAUGCUUAUGUCUGUAAAAUAAUGUUGACGUUUGUUC